CAGGAGGAGAUCGACUGGAGGAGCGUCCGCCGCAUGACGGGGGAGCCGGCGCGCCUCCUGGAGCACGUCAUGGACCUGGAGAUGGAGGGCGGCGACUACGACGAGCUCAGCAGCAGAGUGCUGGACGCGCGUUCCGGCCGGUCCGACUCGCGCAUCGUGUCGGGCACGGAGGCCGAGCCGCACGAGUUCCCCUGGCAGGUGGGCAUGAUGAUCCGGGACGCCAACGGCUCCAUGUUCUUCUGCGGCGGAUCCCUCCUCAGCCAAACCUGGGUCCUCACCGCCGCGCACUGCGCCGAGCCCGGUGACCAUUUCACCAUUAUUCUGGGCGCGCACCGCAUCCGCGAGCACGAGCCCAGCCAGCAGCGUUUCACAGUGAGGAAGUCCGACGGCGUGGUGGUGCACCCCGACUGGGACUCCAAGGAGACCGUCAACGACAUCGCCCUCAUCCCCCUGCCGCGCAAGGCCGAGCUCAACGGGUACGUCCAGCUGACGAGGAUCCCCUCCAAGGCGCGGGCCGACGCCCCCCUGUGGAACAAGAACGCCACCAUGACCGGGUGGGGCAAGCCCAGCGACUCGGCCGGCUCCAUCUCGGACGUGCUGCGCAAAGUCGUGACCCGCAUCGUCUCCAACUACUACUGCAACUUCCGGUACAUGUUCAUCAUGAUCAAAGACACCAACAUCUGCGCGUCGGGCUUCUCCGGGAAGAGCACCUGCAAUGGCGACAGCGGCGGCCCCCUGACCGUGCCCGACGACGACGGCAAGCCGACGCAGGUGGGCAUCACGUCGUUCGGCAUCGGGCUGGGCUGCGAGAAGUACUGGCCGCCCGCCUUCACCAGGGUCACGUCCUACCUCGACUGGAUCGCCGACGUCACCAAGGGCGGCUUCCACGACACCAGCGAGCUGGGCCCGCUGCAGAGCGGCGACGCCGCACGAAACACGGAAGCACUUCGCAAGGAGAUUCAACGACCCUCGGUGACGAGCAUGGCGGCAGCAUGGAGACAUCCAUGCCUUCCUGGAAACUCCCGCGCGCCCACGCCAGCCUCGCCGUCCUGCCCCCCACCUUCUCUGACCGCGGCCGUCGCGAACAGUCUCGUUCGCGCCGCCAACAUGAGCAGCACUCGGCUGGGCGCGGUGGUGCUCCUCCACGUCCUGGCCGUGCCCGUGAUGGCCGUGCCGGCCGUGCCGGCCGAACUGAGGCCCUACCAUUGGUCCUACGCCAGGAUCAUCAGGGCCGUGGAGGGCCCCAGCGACAGUGGGGACAGUCCCAGCAGCACCCAGUACCAACUGCUGGCCAACCUGCCCACCGUCAAGGAGGCCCCCUCGGAGGAACCUAACCUGCUGCCUCAACCGGAGCAGUGCGACGACUGCACCGCGGGGACGACGCCACAGCCACUGGACUCGGGGCGCGUGAACACCCUGAUGAGGUUCGACGGCUCCGGGUCGCGGCCGCUGCCCGGCCAGUUCCCCUGGCACGUCAGCCUGCUGUACAGGGACACGCCACUGUACUCCUGCAGCGGCUCGCUCCUGUCCAGCGAGUGGGUCCUCACCGCCGCCAACUGCGUCUACGGCUUUGAUUACAUGAUGGUGAGACUGGGCUCGUACCGGCCCAGGGCGGAGAAGGAGAAGUUCCGGGAGGUGCUCAACUCGACGCACUUCGUGGUGCACCCAGGCUACCGGAAGGGGACGCCGCGCCACGACAUCGCCGUCGUCAAGCUGCCCGUGCCCGUGCGGCAGCUCAACAGCUUCGUGCUCCCGGUGCGCCUGCCCAGCCUCAACCACUUCCUGACGACGUACGCCGGCAGGAAGGCCAUCCUCAGCAGCUGGGGCGCCAACUUCCCCGGCCGUCCCGGCACGUUCAGCUCCUCGACGUCCCUCGUCUACGUGGCCGAGACCAUCCUGCCGAACGAGCAGUGCGCCAAGAGCUUCGGCAACCUGACCACCUCGGCGACGCUCUGCACCACCACCACGCACUUCACCAACGGCUCCCUGGGUGACUCCGGGGCGCCGCUGGUGCUGCAGGAGGGCGGCCUGUUCAUCCAGGUGGGCAUCCUGUCCUUCGCGUCGUCGUCGGGCUUCUCGGCGGGCCACCCCGCCGGCUACACCAGGGUCACGUCGUACUUGUGGUGGAUCCAGAACGCCACCGGCAUCGCCCCGGGGCCGGACGUCGUCUGACCCUGUUCUGACCCGGGGCGGGAAGGAAAGGAAUCCUCGCUCACGACCACGAAGCUCGUCGCGGCUUUGGGCACCAACUGUGAUAUAACUUAUUGAAUUCUGAUUGUAUAUUUGUAAAUAAAUGAACUUGUUGUCGAGA